CUAUCGCUAUAUUCCAAGCGUUUCGCUGUAUUCCGUUGCACGCGCGGACAGGAAGCACGUAUUUAUUUCGUAUUUGGUACGAAAUUUUGAUUUGUGUAUUAACAACGCUUAUCUGUCGUUACUCGAUUUCCUUAUCAUUAUCUUCGACGUUUACUUGACGUAUCUGAUAUCGUAUCGUCGAAUUCGUACAGUUAUACGUAUCGGAAUAGUUUUUAAUAUCGUUUUUUAAUUAAAAGCCGAUCCCUCCGAAAUAAUCCAUCUGUCAUUUGCCGCACUUUCUAUCAAGUCAAACGUGUGAAUAUUUAAAAAGGAACAGUAGUGCGCAUUUAUAAAGUUUCCGUCAACGAUAGCCGGAUCUAUGCUACGUAAUCUUCUGAAACAAUUCGUGUAUUGACGGAGGAAUGAAUUUAACGCGAUCGCGUAUUUUUUAACGAACAAUGCGUUAAUCUGGAUUUCUUGUGUAAACAGUUGGAAGAACUUCAGGCGAUGCGGAACAACACAGCAGCAACGAUGCCGGCCACGUUCGUUUAACACAUCUCAGGGAAAUUGAUGAAUUUGCGAACGAGGAUGAUUUUUCACACGUACUGACCGCUAGGAUUUCUAUUUAUACUUGUUUCGAUUUCCACUGCAGCUGUUGCACGACUUUAUCAUAAUGAGUGUCGUUCCACUCACCGAUAAACAACUCCACCAGCUGAGUAUCAGUAUCGGGAAAGCUGUGAACCCUACGGAGACACCGGUGAAAGAGAAACAUGUGCGAAGCGCGAUUAUAGGAACAUAUCAGGAGAAGAGUGGAAUGAUCUUUUGGAUGUACAUGUUGAGGCAGCCUCUUCAAGAGAAUCAAAUCGUAGCAUGGAAAUUUUGUCACGUUCUGCAUAAAAUUUUGCGAGAGGGUCACCCAAAGGUAAUCCCAGAUUCUCAACGCUAUCGCGGCAAAUUGGAGGACCUUAGGAAAUUAUGGCUGCACCUUCGAGACGGUUACGGUCAACUGAUUCAAUUGUACAUAAAGCUACUGAUCACCAAGUUAGAUUUUCAUCAGCGAAAUCCACGGAUACCGGGGAAUCUUCAAGUAACGCCGGAGGAAUUGAAAUCCAUCGGCGAAAACGAUAUCAAUGUUUAUUUCCAAAUGUCGGUCGAGAUGUUCGAUUACAUGGAUGAUAUUUUGGUAUUGCAACGUGUAGUUACCGCUUCUUUGAAGAACACACCUUCCAACUCUAUGACUGUCAGUGGACAGUGUCGACUGGCUCCGUUAAUCCCGUGCGUUCUAGAUGCAUCACAGCUGUAUGAUUAUUGUGUAAAAAUUCUCUUCAAACUCCAUAGUGCUCUUCCGGCGGACACUUUAGCCGGUCACCGCGAUAGAUUUUCGAAACAGUUUCAAGAACUGAAGAAAUUCUAUAAUACCGUUAAACAGAGACAGUAUUUUAAGCAUCUUAUAACCAUACCUGCGUUACCUGAGAAUCCACCAAAUUUUUUGAUACAAUCCGAACUACGAACUUACGUUACGCCGAUAGUGGUAUUACCGCCAGAAGAAUCCUUCCAAGAUUCUGAAACCGUAGUCGAUAGUUUAAUCGACACUUCUGAUACAAGUUCAUUGCCGGGCGAUCAACUUGAUUCCACGCGAAAUGGUUCGAUUUCACCUGACGCAAUCGCGGAAAGGGAAAGUCUUAUCGAUCAUUUACAACAAGAGAACAAUCGUCAGAGACAAGAAUUACAUCGUGUUCUAACUGAUCAUCAACAAAUUGUGGAGGAGCUUCACAGUCGUGUCGCGCAACUUGAAUCAGAUUUACUUUCUAAAUGUCAUGAAAUUGAACAAGAGAAGCAAAUCAAUCAGGAUUCAGUUAAACAAAAAGCGGAAAUGAUGGUGAAGGUCCAUGAAAGCGAUGAAAAAUAUAAGAUCUUGGAGGAAAAGUUCCACAAAUUGAAAGAUGUCUACGCGAAAUUGAGAGAAGAGCAUAUCAGUUUAAUUAGAAAGAAAGCCGAAGUUGACAAACAACUUGGAUUAUUAAAAAUGUCUCAUGAACAAUCUGAACGACGAACGGUGGAAGCUGAACGUCGUCUUGACGAGUUGUUGCAAGGCCAAGCUAUAACUCAGCAGGAAGCGAAGAAAGCUGUUGAGGCUCAGCAAGAUUUGGAUGAUAUCAAACGGCAACUCAACGACGUGAAAACUGAAAACUUGGCGUUGGUUGCUAAAAAUGACUUUAUAACAUCCGAGAAAACAGCAUUGGAAGGAGAUCUGCAUGACUUAUUAGCACAGAAGGAAGAAUUGGAUUUGAAAAUUGAAAAAUUAGAAGUUGAAACCGAGCGAUGUCGCAAUGAAAUGAAUACUCAUGCUGACACCGUAUUGCAUGAAUUGUUGCUAAACUGUAUUAGCGAAGCGGGAUAUAUCAUGCAGUAUUCGUUGCAAGCCAUUGAUAAUCCAGCAAUGUCAGAUUUAGCUUGUACACCUCAGUAUCUGGAAAGACUGGAGGAACCAACGUUGAAAUCGCUGGAUGCUUUGGAUGUAGCGUACACUGGCUUCGUAUGCGAUACAACGAAAGGAAAGGCGCUCAUCACAAGUGCAAUACAGGUUGCAUACAUGUUAGGUCUCUAUGUAAUCCAUGCAAGGUCUACAUCGAAUACCUCUAUCGAUAUUGCAUUGGGCGAUAAAUUGACUGACGAGUGCAAACAGUUAGGAACACAAUCGUUAACGAUGUUUAACCACGUGAAAGAGAAGUCGCCUACGACCGUGGGUCAAAUCAACGAAGUGAAGCAACAAUUUAAAAAAAUAUGCGAACUUGCCGCAACAUUGUCCAAUGCCCAGGGUAAUGUUGAAGUUAUAGGGAAUUUGGUGGAACAAGAAUUGUUAAGUAUGGAUAAAGCAAUAGAGGAAGCUGCUAAUAGAAUACGGGAUAUGUUAGAAAAAUCUCGUGCGGCGGAUUCAGGACUGAAAUUAGAAGUAAAUGAGAAGAUUUUAGAUUCAUGUACAGAAUUAAUGAAAUGUAUCAGAAAGUUGGUCAAGAAAUCACGACUAUUACAAGCAGAAAUUGUUGAUCAAGGAAAGGGUACAGCUACUGCUACUGAAUUCUAUAAACGUAAUCAUCAAUGGUCCGAAGGGCUGAUAUCAGCAGCAAAGGCGGUUGCGAUGGGUGCUAAUCUUCUAUUGGAAGCAGCAGAUAAAGUUGUUUCCGGAAAUGGUAAAUUUGAACAAUUAAUGGUAGCAUCACAGGGAAUUGCUGCGACCACAGCGCAGCUGGUAGUCGCGAGCAGAGUAAAAGCAAACAGGAAUAGCACUAAUUUAGCUGCACUUUCUGAAGCAUCGAGGGAUGUGACGCAAGCAACAGGAAGUGUUGUUGCAACUGCUAAAAAUUGUAGUCAACUUGUUGAAGAAAAUGAUGAUUUAGAUAUUUCUGGAUUGAGUCUUCAUCAAGCUAAACGGCUAGAAAUGGAGGCUCAAGUUCGCGUAUUAGAACUGGAACAGGCUUUAGAGACUGAAAGAUUACGCUUAGCUGCUCUACGUCGUUAUCAUUACCAACUCGAAGCAGACAAAGAAUAAUGGAUUUUUAUCAAAGUCUAUGUGAAAUUCACGUUAACCAAGAAUUUCUCAUCAGUAUCAAACAGUAUUGAACGAAACCGUUUACAAAUGGAAAGUACAUGAUUAAAUUUCAUUAUAAAAUAAUAUAUUACAGAAAAGAAAAUCUAUUUGGGUUGUCCAAACAGAAUUAUUGUAAUAUUUGCAUGUUUAAUGUUUAAUAAAGACAAUUUUAUUCCUUUUUAA